AUGACUACUGCGAACGCAACUGCACCAGUUCCGCCAGCAACUCAUUUCAACGCAACUCUGGUCUUCAAAGCUCCAGGACUUUACCAGCUUGGUCCGCACUUCCAACCCUUGCAACACUCUUUGCCGCUCGACGACACCAUUGACAAUGUCCUAUCUUGGGUGAAAAGAGAAAUUGUCCAGCGUUUGCAGCAAGAACCUGCUUUUCUGAAAGGCCGCCACCAAGGACUGAUUGCCAGCUUGGGUGAAGAAGGUCUCUCUCCUCCUGGGUUUAUCUUUUCACACGUACCGGUGACCAGGUCUCCUAUCGUCUCUUUUGCAACAUCGGUCAGCGCAACAUUGAAUGGGAAAAAGUGUGGCGAAAUCGACUUGGAUCAUGAACACGCGAAACGAUUCAUUGCACUUCAGGAUCUCUGCCUCGAUUCACAGCAGCUUCAGAACAUGUCUAUCGAGAUCAGAGCCACUCUCCGCAUAGCUCCGAAACCAGUUACCGUCCCCGCUGUCACAGAUGACAACAUGCUGCAUGACCUGGUGCAUUCGCGCCGACAGUCUGCCCAUUAUAUCAGAGUCGGUACUGUGCAGGACAAUCGUGCUUCAAAGAUUGGAUUGCAGCCGACCACCGCGGGAAAUGCAGCGCCACACCAUAAUGCGAUCCUUGCACAGUUCGACCCAUUCAAUGACAGGUCAUGGACUGGAAAAUUCCACAUGCUCCCAGUCUGGACCUAUGAUAACUUUCCCUGGGGCCUGGCUGACAGCGAUGCUAGCCAGGACUGGUCCUACGAGACCGUGAAAGAGUAUGUAAAGACAAAUCUUUGGGGCCAAUUCGAUCAUCAAGAGCCUCAACGCAGACGACGGAUCGAACGCGAACGUGCCCGUCAAAUCAAUCUGACUGCUGUGGCGCGGAAUGCUGAAGCAAGAAGACUUACCAGAAUUCCUCCUGAACGACCGCAGUUGACAUUCAAUCGGCUGGGCCUGGCCCAAUUUGGAAACGACUCUGGUGUUGGAAUUCCAGCUGCUGCCGAAGUUCACGCCAUCAUCCACUUUGUGUAUCACUACCAAGGCCACGAUGCCGAGGAUGAUUGCUUUCCACGGAACAUGCAGGUCCGUAUCGCAGGCAAUAUGACGGUCGACGGUCUGGAGAACACGGCAUUCGCUCAAGGCGGCACCGCUCGUGAAGACGAAGAUCAGAUUCUCAAGAAGUACCAAGGUGUGGAGCCUCGUCCGCCUUCAUCUCAAGAGCAAGGCGGAAAGUCUAAGCAUAUGGCGACUACCUUCGCAUCACUUCAUGUUGCUAGCACAGAGUAUUGCAAGCUUCUCGCAUCGAGAUAUUCCGUAGCCUGCUUUCCGCCAUCAACGAGUGCAGAAGGACAUGUGCUUAAUCUGAGCCGGUCGUUCGGCUUCUGCGGACUCUCCGCGAUGGGCGCACACAUGAGGUGGAUAUCGUUGCCAUUGGACAUGAGUGUGGAGGCUCUGCAAUGGCAAGCAUGGCAUGACGACAGACUGUCACUUCUUCAGCACUACAUUGCUGCUCGCGUGGCAGAACGUGACAACCGCGCUUCUUGGCUGGAAUGGCGUUGA